CGUGGGCAGAAAUCUGCGCAUGAGGAGAGAAAGCAGGCGCCGAAGGAGCUUAGCGCUUCUGAUACAUCCAGCUCAUCGACGUGCGAGAGCGUAGCUGGGAGCCGUCCCGAGCUGGAAGUUAUCCUCUCGCGUUUCACGACUGACAGCGCUCUUCAACAUUUCUUGUCAUCAAGGCGCCCGAGUCUGCCACGGCUUGUUGCUUCAAGUGCCGAACCAUCACUUGGAAUCAUCUCAAACAUCUUAUCCUCGUCGGUAAUCCGCGGACUACCUGCUGUCGUCGCGGAGAGCCCUCUGCGAGCCACGACCCUAUCCGAUCUUGUUGGAUCGGUCUCGUCUACAUAUUGGGUCGCACAAGGUGGCCAGGGAACAGUUCUUGUAGCAAAGUGGCAAAACGGCAGCAACAAAGUUGCUGUCAAGUGGCUGGUCGCGGAUGCUGCCGAAGUCCCGGCCGCCCUGCUGGAAGGCUUCCUCUCCAAAACCCUCUCGCACCCUCAUCUGUUGAGGAC